AUGCGCGUGGAAAUUCACCCGGCCGACUUUCGACACAAGAGCUUUGACGACGAGGAUGACUCUUCAUCUCACCACUCCGAGCCUGUAAACUCGCGAAAACCGAAGACUGAAUGGCACAAAGUUUAUGUCGGGGCUUUGUUGAUAUUUCUUGCAAAUCUUGAAAAGAACGUGCUCGCACUGGCUGAUUGGCUUUAUAUGAAGCAGCUUGAUCCCGAGGUAAAUCCCGACUAUUUCGGUGCAGUGCUAGGAGUAGCCCGUAUUGGCCAUGCCGUUGCCACCAUCGGCUUCAGCUAUUGGCGAUCGGAAACGAAGACUACAAAAAAUGGACUUCUCCUCGGCAGAGUUUGCGAUCUCGUCGCGUUGAUUUUGUACUGUGGGGUCGAGUUUUUCGGGUCGUGGAAGCGAUAUGUUCUGAUGACCGUUUACUUCCUUGUUUACAGUAUGGGACUGGGAUCCAUCAUCAACCUAAGAACGUACAUCGUUGAUUGUUCAAUUCCGGAAGAUCGUUCCUCCGCAUUUGCAUUGAGAACCCUAGCAAAUGUGGCGGCGAUGCUGCUCGCGCCUGUCAUGCAACUCUUCUUCGCUUCCAUCGAAUAUCCCGGGAUCACCUUGGGGCAUGAAUCCCUCCGUCUCCACUUGUUUUCCGGGCCGCUUCUUGUCACGUUGGCUACUAAUGUAUUUGCGACGGUGCUGAUCAUUUUCUGCUAUUCCGAGCCGGCGUCGCUGGGACCCACGAAGGUCAAGGAGUCAAAGCCGGAGAUGAGGAUGACGAGCAGUGAGACUGCCCUUCGAUCCGUCCCCAGCUAUUCGAUGACCUCUCGUCUUUGGGGUUUCAUCACCAAGCCCAAUUUUUCUUGGCACCUCAUCUCCGUCAUUUGCCUAGCCAAAGUGGCUGUGUACGCCUCGAACUCGACGAUAUUGGUUGUCCAUGCUCCUUAUUGCCAAGUGGGUUUUGGAUGGUCAUCGGCGGAAACUGUUGUUGAAUUGACGAACGCCAAGAUUUACGUUGGGAUUGUUUCGGUUGCGAUUACGAUAUUUUUCUUCAAAAUGGGGAAACGAAUCGGCGACAACUGGGUGCUGCUGGUGUGUGCCGUCCUUGGACUUGCCUACUACGUGGUCACCUAUCCGAUCCCAGGCCUUCUAUCACACUCCACUACGCCACUGUACAAUGAAACAACCCGCGGAGGCUGUAAUGAAACGGAAUAUGCUUGGUGUGGUGCGCCGGUUGGAAAUCCGACAGUUUGGGUGUAUUCCUCUGUAAUAAUGCUGGUGAUCGUGGUACAAAUUGCACUCGUCGCCUCGGAUGCUGUAUUCUCGAAUUUGCUCGAGAAAAUCGAUCAGAGUAUGAUGCAAGGAUUGUUGGUCGUUUUGAGCGAUGCCGUUCAGACCUUUGCCUCUAUGUAUUCAGCUGACCUCUUCACCCGCUUCGGCCUGGGCCCGCUCUGGAUUCUGAACCUCGUGCUCGCCGCCGGUGUGCUCGUCAUUUCCCUUCUCUAUUUCCGACGCUUCCGA